AUGGCUCAGAAGGAAGAGGCUUCUCAGGCCGCAGCAGCGUCUGCUUCUCAAAAUGGGGAGGAGCUGGAGAACUUGGAGGAUCCUGAGAAGCUUAAGGAGCUGAUUGAUCUGCCGCCUUUUGAGAUCGUCACAGGGGAACGGUUGCCAGUCAACUAUUUCAAGUUUCAGUUCCGGAAUGUGGAGUACAGUUCUGGACGAAACAAGACCUUCCUUUGCUACGUGAUAGAAGUGCAGAACAAGGGAGGCCAAGUACAGGCAUCCCGGGGCUACCUUGAGGAUGAGCAUGCCACAGCUCACGCUGAGGAAGCCUUCUUCAACACCGUCCUGCCAACGUUUGACCCAGCCCUGAAGUACAAUGUCACCUGGUACGUUUCCUCUAGCCCCUGCGCAGUUUGUGCUGACCGCAUCAUCCGAACCCUUGGCAAGACCAAGAACCUGCGCCUGCUCAUCCUGGUGGGACGCCUAUUUAUGUGGGAAGAACCUGAGAUCCAGGCAGCCCUGAGGAAGCUGAGGGAGGCUGGCUGCAGACUCCGCAUCAUGAAGCCCCAGGACUUCGAGUAUGUCUGGCAGAAUUUUGUGGAGCAAGAGGAAGGCGAAUCUAAGGCCUUUCAGCCCUGGGAGGACAUUCAGGAGAACUUCCUGUACUAUGAGGAGAAAUUGGCAGACAUCCUUAAGUAG